AUGCCACCGACGGGCGGUCAGCGGAAUAAAAGGCACUGUGGGCGGGCUUCCGAUUCGUGUGUCGAGAGUCAUGGCCGAUGCCGCUGGGCGCGUCGUCAGCGUCAGACGGGAGAACGUCGGCCAGACCAUGUCAACACUGUGACUGCUCCAUUUCCGCCGUCAACUAAGCACAAUGGCUCCCACUCCAAGUGCUUCCGAUGGCAUGGCGUUGGUGUAGGCACAGCAGCGGGCGCAUUGGCAACCCCAUACCCCCCUCUUCCCCUCCCCUCCCCUCCCCACAAUUCGGCACUUGAGCCUCAAAACGGUGCUGUCUCUGACUAUCCUUCUAGAACACACCGAGACUAUGGGGUGCAUUCCAAGGCCAGAAUCCAAGCAACAAACAACUAGCAAAGCAGCAUUUCCGCGGACAUACAGCCCACCGGACUUGC